AUGGCGAAAACAUUCGUGUCCUCCCUCAAUGCCGCAGACGGCAGCGAGUCCAUCGUCCCGGGCGCCUCUCCUGUGCCCGUUGACCCAUUCCUGCCGAACUCUGCCAAUCUCUUUCCCAAACUCGUCGAACGCAUCAACGACGCGGCAUGGGAACUAUGGCAGUUCGACGGGCUUUCGUCGGAUGGCGAAACGGCAGUGACCAUCUCGUUUUACCGCGACACGCGCGGGCUCCAGGACGGCGGGUUCCACGCGGAACUCAACGCCCUGUGGCCUGACGGCAGCAAGUGGGGCGAGAAACUCUACUUUACAGAGUCGGUCAUCACGGCCGAGGGCGAGGCUGCGCACAAUGGGUCACUCCGCGGGGUCUGGCAGUCGCAGUCUCAGUCACAGUCACAGUCACAUUCCCAGAGCCCGGGAGAAGGAGGCAGCACACGUUCAAAGACAAACAGUGUGUCCUUUGACAUCGCGGCGGAUCUGGCCACGGCUAGAGUGACCUUCUCUGUGCCUGAUCGCGUAGAGGGCACGUUGGAGCUCCGCGCACUGAGUCGUGCGCCCUUGGGAUCUCGCCUGGCAGCGACAGAGGAGGCGGCUAAGCUGGGCCCGUCUGUGUAUUACCUAUUUCCUCUGGGCCCGGCCGCAGUCGCUGCAGACUUGGUGUUUAGUCUUGCGGACGAAACCGAGGAUGAGGCCGCUGCUGCAGCUACUUCCCUUGAGACGAACGGUGCCGUCAAUGGAGAUCACAAAAAGGACAAAAAGAAGACGCUCAUUUUGCGCCCCGAGGACGGCGCUCGCGGUGGGUUCGUCCGCGGCUGGUCCGCCCUCGCGUGGCCCCAGAUCAUGACAGAUGCAUACUACGUGUGCGGCACGGCGGGGCCGUACAUGCUGCAGGUGAUUCGCAUUGAGUCGUCCGCUGCGGACGGCAGGAAACCGCACGUCGUCGCUAGGCUCUAUCGCGAUGGGGAGCUAGUAUGUGCUGCGAAUCAGCUUGGCGAGCGCCACGCGCAGUCACAGACAGAGAAUGGCGGGCAUGGCCACAAUCGUGAUGAGGAUGUGGUGGUGGUGGACAAGCUGCUGGAUGGAGGGGAGGAGGGGUGGUUAGCGGGAGCGUUCCGCGACAGAAACACGGGCUACGCGAUCGAGUUUAUCCAGGGUACAAAGCGGGAAGGGCAUCAGCAGCAGCAGCAGAGAAAGCGAUGGCGGUUCCAAGCCCGCCAUAGGCGCCCCUGGUGGAGUGAUUAUACAAGUGACAAGGGCACGGGCAAGUCGGGGUUCCUGGAGACUAUCCUCGGAGGGUCGGACGAAGAGGCAUCGUUCAAGGGUUCGGCGGGCGCGGGCCAGCUGCAACUGCCCUAG